AUGAAUUUUAAAAUUAUAUAUUUUAUAAUUUUAUCAAUAAUAGUUUCAUAUUUUUCAAAGAUUGGUAUUGAUUAUUAUUUUAGUAGUGAUGAAAUUAAAGAGAGAUAUUCAUUAUUUGAAUAUGUUGUAAAUGAUCAAAUAAUAAAAUUUGGUAGUAAUAGAGAUAGAGAUCUUUUUGAUAGAUCACAUUAUAAUGAAGAAGUAUUUUAUAAUAUAAAGAUAUCAAAAGAAGUUCAAGAUGCACUUAGAUAUGGUAAACCAAUCGUAUCAUUAGAGUCUACAAUUAUUUCACAUGGUAUGCCAUUCCCACAGAAUUAUGAAACUGCAUUGGAGGUUGAAUCAAUCGUUAGAUCAUAUGGUGUUAUUCCAGCAACUAUUGCAAUUUUAAAUGGUACAAUUCAUAUUGGAUUAACCGAGAAAGAGAUUCACUAUUUAGCAACGGUUGGUAAGGAUGCAAUUAAAACGUCACGUCGUGACAUUGCCAUGGUGACAUCGAUGGGUAAGACAGGAUCUACCACGGUUUCAGCAACUAUUUUAUUCUCAAAUUUAGUGGGUAUCAAAGUGUUUGUCACUGGUGGAUUGGGUGGUGUUCAUAGGGGUGCCGAAACAAGUUUAGAUGUGAGUGCAGAUUUAACAGAGUUGGGUAAGAAUGGUGUUAUGGUAGUUUCAGCAGGUGUAAAGAGUAUAUUGGAUAUUGGAAAGACUUUGGAAUAUUUAGAGACUCAAGGUGUUACAGUGGUGACUUUUGGUUCUGAUGAAUUCCCAGCAUUCUUUACAAAACAUUCAGGUGUAAAGACACCAAAUCGUUUGGAUACCGUUGACCAAUGUGCAAAACUUCUCUACUCAAAUCAGUUACUUCAAUUAAAGAGUGGCAUGGUCGUUGCCGUGCCACCACGUGAUAAUGAACAUUCUGAGCUCAUUGACCGUGCAAUCAAAGAAUCAAUUGAACAAUCAAAAGUAGAUGGUAUUUUGGGUAAAGAUAUUACACCCUAUCUCUUAAAGAAAGUAAAUGAAAAAACUGGUGGUAAAUCAUUAGAAUCAAAUAUUGAAUUGGUUAAAAACAAUGCUAGAAUUGGUUCACAAAUUUCUAAACAUUAUUAUAAUUUAUUAAAAAAUAAACAAUCACCAACUAGUAGCACUACUACCAUUAAAGGUGAUGAAUUAGUUUUCAACUAUUUUGACCAACGAGUAAAUACUUUUCUUAGAAAUUAUUUUAAAACAUUAUCAGCAGAGACUUUGUUAUUAAAUGGUCCAAAUAAAUUAAAAGGUUUAAAUGGACCAAAACCAAAUAAACAAUUGGCUGAUAAUCAUAUUGAGUAUGAUAUUGUGGUGGUUGGUGGUGCAGUGAUCGAUAUGAUUUCUCAUCCAUUUAAAGAGAGUGGUUUCCAAAUGGAAACUUCAAAUCCGGGUGCUAUUUCAAUUAAAAUGGGUGGCGUUGGUCGUAAUGUUGCAGAGGUAUUAUCAAGAUUACAAAUGAAUUCAUUGUUUAUUAGUUUGGUUGGUGACGAUGUUCACUCUGGUCUAUUGAUGGAAUCAUUUCAAAAAAUGAAUUUAUCAUCCAAUGGUGUUGGUAUCAAGGUUGGUAGUAAAACUGCAAUUUACAAUGCAAUUAUGAAUGAUCGUGGUGAUUUGGCAGUUGCAAUAGCUCAAAUGGAUAUUUUCGAUGAGAUUACACCUUCCUACAUUUCAAAAUUUGAUUUAACCUCAAGUAAACUUUUAGUUUUCGAUGGUAAUAUUCCAAUUGAAUCAAUGACUUAUUUAGCUCAACUAUCAAGAUCAAAAGGUAUUAAACUUUGGUUCGAACCAACAAGUGUCUAUAAAUCUUCAAAAAUCGUUGAAUCAUUCAUUUUAUCUUCAAUUACCUAUAUUUCACCAAAUAGAGAUGAAUUAAUUAAAAUUUCAAAUGAAAUUAUUAAAAAAGGUUUAAUUAAAUUUGAAAAUAUUAUAAAUAAUGAUAUAAAUGAUUUAGAAAAUAUUAAAAAGCAUAGUAUAAUUUUAAUUGAAUCUGGUAUAAAAUAUAUUAUUACAAAGAUGGGAUCAAAAGGAGUAUUAUUAGCUUAUAAAAAAGAUGAUGGAGAAUUUAAAUUUGAAUUAUUUUCAGCACCAGAAGUACCAGAUAACAAGAUUGUAGAUGUAACAGGUGCUGGUGAUAGUUUAGUUGGUUGUACAAUUUAUUCAAUAUUACUUGGUCAUAAUUUAACAACUGCAAUCCCCCAAUAUGGUACCCCUUGUGCAAAAGAAAGUUUAUUAUCAACAAAUCCAGUUUCACCAAAUAUUAAAAUUUCUUUAUUUAAAUAA